AUGCCCAAAAUUCAUAUCACAACAUUGUUGCGCCCCCGAGCAACAUACAAGACCUCAACACCGAUACCGACAGCGGCAACAGCAACAAUCCAUCCAUAUUUGAAUGUAACCAACAGUCAAGAUAUCACUUCAGAUAUUGUGGUGUAUGCAGCUAAACCUUGCAACGCAAACGACAGUGAAAUACCCAACAAGGAACCCGACUCCUCACAUUUGGUAUUUACAGAAGCUGCCACGGCAACAACAACACCAACAACAAUAAAUAAUAUUGAAUUAAUACCAACAUUAGAAUUUAUAAGUCAUACACCAGCAGCAUCAUCAUCAUCGAAAACCCUCUCGUGUGAACAUUUGCAACAAUGUCUGCCGGGUUGCUGUGUCGCCCAUCAUGAACAAUCACCACCAGCGGAACAAUUGUUGCAGCAACACAACGAAACGGCAGCAGAAUCACGCCUAACAUUUACCAUUGAAAAGUCAGCAGAGAGUGAAAGUGAAGAACAGAAACAACAACAACAAGUAGCCAACGAUUCCCCCUGCUCCCUGGAUACCAUUGAACUUUUACAGCAGGAGGUCGUGCCAACAGUAAGUCUAAGCGACACAGCUUCAUUAUCGACAUAUUUCGAUGAGCCAACCAGCUCCAUUACAAUUGAUAUAAUGGAGGGCUCUCAAAAAACCACAACAACGACUGCGGCCACCACCACACCAGCAACAACAACAUCUUCAGCACAAUCGGCUGCCAUUAGCCGAUCUAACAAUACCACCAGCCAGAGUAAUGUGCCACAACGAAGUUCCACAAAUCUUCUUUCUAGUCUAAGUGAUGAACCCAGCGAUGAAAUUGAAGAAGAAAUCGAGGAGGCUCUAGAAGAGAUUAGUGAUGAACAGGUGGAUUCCUUAGAUUCUCUACCGGGACCAAGUAAAAAACCACAACCACCACACCUUACCCCAAAAUCGGAACAAAUGUUUGGCAUUGAUCUCUCCGAUUUAUCAAGUAUUGGAAAUUCGGAAAAACUAUCAUCGGGAAAGAGUAAAAAAAGUUCACCAAGUGAUGAGGGUCAAUUUAAAAUCGACGACGAUCAGUUAUCGGGCGGUAAAUUAGCCCAACAUUUUGUUUUGGAGGACAGUGAUGAAGUAUCGUUGGGUCUACAACAAGAUAAACAUGAAAUUCGUUCAGUACUACAAUCGGAGGAACGGAGUGCCAGUCUGGGACUGGAGGAGGAGGAGGAGAAUAACCCAGCGGAACAGAGUUUAAGUAAUCAAAGUACCUCACAUGAUGUUUCCGAAUUGCAAGAAGAACCUGUGGAAGAUCCUGAAUCGUUAGUGUCGGAUGGAGAUUAUCCCUUGUCGUUGCCAGAGGGUGCUGGAGGGGAAAGUAAUAAGGAUAUAUCCAAAAGCGUUCCAAAGUCGGACGCCCUACAAAGUCUCCAAAGUGACCAGGAAAAAUUGGAGAGCCUUGAAAAAGAAAAACAACAACUCAAAGCCGAACUUGAUCCCAAAAUGCCAGCAGAAAAUGUGAAACCGAAUCCCGUAAAAAUCUUAGAACCCUUGACAAACAUUGUGAGUCCCGCUGCCUCGGAAUCAUCGUCACAAAAAAUUCUACUCAAACCCUUGGCUAGGGUAACGGCAACCAAAAAAGCAUCUUUACCCGAAUUAUUUGAAAAUCCCGAUAUAAAACCCCUGUCCGGUUCAUCAUCGAAUUACAGCGAAAAGGAUCAAUCAAUGGAAGAGAUGAUGGCCUCAAAUCCUUCAUUGGAAAUAACCCUGGAUGAUCAUGAAAUCAGCUCCCUGAAUCCCAGUUAUAUUGACAACAACAAAACAUUGAUUGAUGAUUUGUUGUUGGAACAAAGUGCGGAUAAAGAAAAUCAAGAUCCGAAAGAGGAUAAAUCCGGAUCAUUGGAAGUAAGUUCUCGAAAGACUUUGGAAAAGGCAGAAUCCAAGGAAACAAGUCUAAAUUAUGCCACCGAAGAUUUUGUUAAACCUGCAGAUUUUCAACAAGUUGAAAGUUGUGGGGUCCUAGUCGUGGAACCCUCACCACCCAUAGAAAUUGUAACGGAUUUGGAUGAAAGUCUGCCCGAUAAUCCUGAGAAGCCAUUAACCUCCACAAAAAUUGAUGAUGAUUUGGAUCAGACACUGAAAACUGAAAUUGGUGUAGCCAAAGGAGGCAAUACCAUGAUGGAUUCUACGGAGGAGGAAGAUGAUGAGGAGGAGACCGACUUGAAAUUAAUGAAAUGUCGAAUAAUGGCUAUGCGGGAAAACAUUCUAUCAUCGGCAGAGUUGUCCACAUCACCUGCAACCGUGAGCGGAGAUGUUAACUCUCAACAACCCAAAGCCAUGGAAAGGGUUUCCUUGGUGGAAUUUGCCAAAGAUGUCCUCGAGGAUAUAACGGAGGAGAGUGAACGUAACUCCUUGUCCACCCAGGAUGAACAACAAUCCCUGGCAGCUUUGGCCAGCAAAUUGGAGGCUCAAGCCAAACAAAAUGAAAUGGAAUGUAAUUCGAAUGAGGCCACUUCGACUAGUAAUUCGGCAGUUAGCUUAAAUAUGAUACAAAUGUUGGAACAGAAGGUGGGAGAACUGCAACAAAUGUUGGCCACCAAAGAUGCCUGUUUGGCUUCACUAAAUAUGCAACUGGAAAAUAUGUCCCGCAGAGAAUCAAGCGAACAAUUGGGUUCGGUGUCGGGUAGGGAAACCAGUUCAUUGGCCACUAACUCAACGGAAUAUAGGACCCUUCAGGAAGAUUUUGGGCAACAGACCAUGGAUAUCUAUGUGGAGCUAACCAAACGUGAUGAAUUAAUUGCCAAACUAACGGAAUCCCUUCAGCAAUCCUUGACCAUACGGGAGAAUCUGCAAACUGAAAGUGAAAAACUAGCCACCGAAGUUCAACUACUUCGCAAACAACUAACCGAUGCCAUGGACACGCUGAAACGCCCCUCCUGGCCCCGAGCCGAUCAGGAAAGCAAUUUCGGACAACGUAUCUCGGAAAUUUCUAUGGAUCUUGUUAGUGAAAGUGAUGAUGAUUUCGAGCGGCAUUAUUUUACCGACAACGAAGAGAAAUUCUCACGCAAUUCCCGAGAACGUCAACUCUCAAUGCCACGACAAUUUGAUUAUAUGCCAAAUGAACCGGAAAUCAUUUCCACUCCCUUCAACAAACAAAUUGAACAAUUUCAAAAAUAUUUAACACCCAGUGAAGUGCGUCUCUUUUUUAUGGUUCAAAAGAAAUUCGAUGAUUAUCUAUGUCAAGAAUUAGAAAAGCUGCGAAUGAAAAGUGAACAGGAGCUAAAAAUUGUUAUGGAUCAAUGGGAGACGGAAAAGCGUGAAAAAGACGAAGAGAUACAACGUCUUUUGUUGCAGCGGCAGGAACGUGAACUCAAACAUAAUCAAGAAAUGGAAGAUUUGAGGAAAUAUUUUGAAGCCAAAUGUGCGGAAUUGGAGAAACAAUUCUCCGAUGAUGUCUUUUCACAAAAAUCCCAGCGGCAAGGUUUGUCCUCGCCUGAAUCAUCAGACCAGGAGCAAUUGUCACUCGAUUAUAAAUCUCCAUCACUGCCAAGGUCCAAAGAAACCUCACCACGUAAACGUUAUAGGGCUGAACUACUAUUAAGUCCCUCACAUCGACAAAUGACACCCGGUAAUGAUGGUGUCGCCGAGGAGGUAACAGCAAAUGAAGGAUCACAGUUGGCCUUGGAAAUAACCGAAUUGAAAACAUUUUAUCAAAAUAAAAUCCAUGAAAUUCAACGUUCCCAGGAAGAGAACAUCAAGAAAUUAAGUGAUCGUUUGAAAUAUUAUGAAUCACGUUAUCCAGAAGAUGAAUUUGUGACCUUAUUGUCAGAAUCAACGACAGAUGACCAACACUGGCCGAAGGAGUUGAUUUUGCUGCGUGAGAAAUUUACAGCGAAAAGUCAAUUAGAAAUUGCCCAAUUGCAGAUUAAACAUGCUGAAGAGAUGUCGCGCCUAAAAUUAGACUAUGAAAAACAAUUAAAUCGCAAGAACAAACGUCAUUCGACAUUUGAUUCGAUACGCGAUUAUGAAAAGCUACUAAGUGAACGUGAUAAUUUACGUGAGCUAUCGAAUGCCUUCCGUCAGGUAUUGGCAGAAUUACUGAAAUGCUUAAACAAUUGUGAAAAUGAACUGACAGAAGCCCUCAUGGAUGAGGUGCAACGUCUAUUAACCUGUAAUCGCACUUUAGAAGAACAUAACCUAGAAGAUUUUACCCUCAAUACAACGUUACUCAAUGAAACUUUAAAUUCAACACGUAUGCGUCUAAUACCCGAUGUCCAUAAUCUUAUGGAAGUUGUUGAGGACCCAAGUCUAAUUGAAUAUAUUACCCAGAAGAACAACGAUGUUUCGGAAGAUUUCGAUUUAAAGGAUUGUUUGGAGUGUUUGCGUUCAGAGGCUUCAUAUCUGUUGCAUCUCUCAGAAGAUUUGGUUAAGAAACAUAGCGUGAAUAGUGGUCGUAAAGAUUCCUAUUCCAGUGAGAGGGAGAAAAAUGAUAGCGAACAGGAGGAUGGUUUGAAGUUGCAACAAAAUCGUCGUUUUGUUCGUGGCAAUUCAUUGAAUGAGCAGCAACUACCCACCCAUCAUCGUUCGUCGUUAAUGGGACAGGCGCAGAAUUUGAUAUCCCUACCACCAGAUUUAAAUCGCCUAUAUUUGGAUAAUAACUCCUCCAGUACAACGGGUGGAGUUAAUGCAGCGGAACUACAUUUCCAAUUGACAGAAUUGAAAAAUCGCCUAAUUAAAUCGGAAAAUGAUCGUCUCAUGCUGCAACAGGAGUUGGAUCACACAAUUUCACGUAAUUCCGAUUUGGGUCAAGAGCUGCAACAUUUGCGAGAUCAGCUAUCACAACUUUCUUCCAUCAAUAAUGUGGAAUAUAAUGAAGGUUAUGGUUUGGGUUCAUCUCUGGUGAAAUCGCCACAACGUUUAUCGGGUUCCGACCACUCAUCAUCAGGAUUUGCCCAGUUGCAGGAGAAGGCAAGAAACAUUCUUUCGACGCCCACCCAAAAGCAAACAAAUAAUGAUUCCACGGCUCAGCUGCUACAAAUGAUUGAAGACUUCUGCCGUGAGGGUGACAAGGUUGUGGAGUGCAGUAAAAAAGAUCGUGAAGAUUUGCAAUCGCAGAUUGAUACCGCUGAUAAACAACUAAAGGCAACACGGCAAUUCCUUGAAGAACAAGCCAUUGAACGUGAACAGGAACGUGAUGAGUUCCUAAAGGAAAUCGAUAAUUUAAAAGCUCAACUAAGAGAUAAGGAAAAGGAACGUUCAUCGUAUGCCAAUGCCUCUGAGGAGGUCGAACACUUAGAAAAUCAAAUACGUGAUUUAAGCCAACAACUGCAGGACUCGAAUGCCAAACGUGAUAAAUUCGAAGUGGAACUGAAGGCCUCCAUAGAUAAGAUAUUUGUGUUGCGUGAAAUAAUCUCCGAUUUGGAGACCCAAGUGGAGACAAAGGCCCUCAAUGAACAUGUUAUGGGUGAAAAGGUUAAGCAACUUGAGGACUAUAUCAACUCCCAAUCACGUUCGAAUGAUGCCCUCCAGAUGGAGGUGCAAUCGCUAAAAGGUGAAAUCGAACAUGGCUAUCAAAUGCGUAUCAAUCAGCUGGAAGAGAAGCUACAAAACAUUAGACCUACAGCUGAACAAAGUUUAAUUAUGGAUCAAGUUGUUGAACAACUGCGUGAUAUUGAAAAUACGUUGGAACAAAAAACUAAAGUUCUUGAAUCGCUGCAUCAAUCGAAUGCUAGCAGUGUUACGAGUUUAAAUUGUCCCGAAGAUAUUUCCGCCAGAGGUGUAGGACCCACAUCAUUGCCCACCAAUAUUGAAACACCAAAUCAAGGUUCACCAAUACAUCCAUCACCGCGACAACAUUCAUGGACAAUGGAGGGUGUGCAGCGGGUCGUCGAUAAGCUAUCGAAACAUUCGCGUGUGGAAGAGGCUGCUGUGAAGAGGAUUCGGGAUUUGGAAAUGCAAGUCAAUCAAAUGCGUAACAAUUGUGUGGAACUUCAGGUUGAACGGGAAUCGCUGCAGGAACGUAUGUCCGAGCAGACGCAGCGUAUCUCUGCGCUACAAUCACGACUCGAAGAACAGCGACAACGUGCCGAAGAACUGCAACGGGCCAACACCUCCGAUCUCAACAUUCGCAUACAUGAUUUACAAAAUGAACUGCAAACGGUACGUGAGACUCUCACGAAUCGUGAUAAACAAAUUGCCACCAUGAAACAGCAAUUGGAAAAGAGUAAAAUGGUCAUAGAUCGUUUGGAAGCUGAAUUGGCGGUGGAACACCAACCCGAUCGUAGUGCUAUAGAACGUUUGGAGAAUGAAUUGAAGUUAAAGCAGGUGGAAAAUCAAAAACUCAAAGAUAAAAUUAAAAAUGAAAUGAUCAACAAAUUGGCGUUGCCAGAUUUGAUGGAAACAAUGUUGGCGGAUAAAAAUGAAGAAAUCGAUCAUCUCAAAGAGCAAUUGGAGAGUAAGGAAAAGGAAUUGCAAAAUGUCUUGGAUUCGAGUAAUCAGGCUUCGAGUACUUCGCUGGGAUUGUUGGGCAAGAAACCCGAAGAGGUUGGAGGUUCAAAAUUAAGUGCCAGAACUUUAAGUGAUAUUGUGUCGAUAUCGGAAUUUGAUGAACCGGAUGUGGUGAGGCGGGCAAUGGGUGCCAAUACCAGUUCUCCUUUGCUGCUACCCGAGGGUAGUGGUGGUUUCCUGCAACACACCAUGGACACCACAAAGGGUGCGGUGGCCAAUCUUACCCACAAACGUACUGAAGAUUUGACAGGCUUCGCCACAUUGCAUCAGGUCAAUACCUUUGAUCAUCCACAUUACUUCCAAGAUCCUAAUAUUUUACUGGGGUCGGCUCAGUCGGGAGCUUCGAAUACACCCACUCUUGUGCCAAGACAAAUUAAUUUCUCCGAAUUCACAGAAGAUUCGAAAUUGAAAACACCCAGCAAUUAUCAAAGUCCCCGGCAAGAAAAGGAAACAAGUUCCGAGGAGUUGAUAUCCUCACAGCUACGCCUCAACAACUUGCAGGAUGAAUUGGAACAAUGUCGAAGGGAAUUGGAGGAGUUCAAAGAGAAUUCGGAGAAAAUCCGGGAUUUGGAAAGGCAGCUUACCGAUAAAUGUUUGGAAAUAGAGGAGCUACAAAGAGAACAAGAAAAAUGGCAAAAGGAACGAUCGGAUCUGCUAACGAAACAUGAUAAGAAUCUGAAAAAUCUCCAAGAAAGUGAAGAGGUCUUCAAACGACGCAUUCAAGAACUGGAAACGACAAUUUUGAAAAAUACCGAAAAAGAGGUUCAAGAGCGGGAAAGUCUACGCAAAGAGCUACGAGCCAUUAGCGAGGCCCACGAACAAUGCAAAUACACUGCCAAGGAUAAUGAAAAUCGUAAAAAGGAAAUUGAAAAUUUCAAUUUGGAAAUCAAAGCCAAGGAUGAACGUCUCCUAACCCUCUCCACAAAACUCUCCAUUGCUGAAGAUAAAAUUGCAGAUUUGCAGCGGCAAAUUGUCAACCUCGAAAGGGAAGUGGAAAAAUGGAAGCAACAAAGCAGUGAUAACAGUUCCCGACAAUUCUCUGUCGAUGAAAUUGCCCAACAGGUCGAGAAGGAACUAAACUACUCUGCCCAAUUGGAUUCGAACAUUUUGAAAGCUAUCGAAAGUGAGGAAGAAAAUAAUUUAGAUCGUUCGCAUGUAGAGAAAAAUGUCGGCCUUGAGGCUCCCGGCACCACAGAUGAUGAAAACUUCACCGGAGAACGGGAUUUACUCAAUCAGCUGGAGGCAUUACGGGCUCAAAUUGCCGUCGAAAGAGAUCAUGCCGAUGAGUUGAGACGUGAACUCAUGGAAGAGAAACAACAUUCCCAGGAGGUGCAGGAACAAGAUGUCCUUAUCAUUGAGGCAAUGCGGAAGCGUCUAGAAUCAGCCCUGGCUCAGGAGGAUGAGCUGCACAAACAUUUGGAUAUCGAAAGGGAGCGUUGUGAACUUUUGCAAACGCAAUUAACCACCUUACAGCGUACCGAUAGUCGUCGCAAUUCAUCUCUGCUGAAAUCACCCACGGAGUCACCACGUAAAUCUCCUCGAUCCCUAUCCGAUUUCGAAUCUGAAUUGGCUGAACGUUUGAAGAGUGAAAUUAAACUACUGACGGCACAAAAUGAACGGGAACGUGAGAGGUCCGCCGAUUUACAACGCAACUGUGAACGUGAACGAUCACGUUAUGAAAAGGAACUGGCUGAGCGCAUUGAAUAUUGUGACAAAUUGAAACGAGAAAUGGAUAAGGUGGCUCGGGAUAAAGAAAAUGCCGAACUAGAAAUUGACCACCUACAAGAACGUUUGACCCUGCAAACCCAAGAAAUUGAAAGUCUAGAAGCUCGAAUUGGAAGCCUGCAGGCAGCUGAGACCCGUCGUUUUACCCGCAAGGAACAGCAGCAAAAAGAAAAUGCCCAGCUAAUGGCCGAAAUGAAAGAAUUGAAAAAUCAACUCGCCCUACUCGAAUUGGAAAAGGAAACGAUGAAUAAAACCAUUACCCAGCUGCGUUACGACAUCGAACGUUCGGCUCAACGUGAAACUAAACUAGCCGAAGCAUUGGCCAAUGCCAACGCUCAACUGGCGGCACGUGAAGGCACCACUUCUGUCCCCGAACAAUUUCUACAAAAAAUGAAAGAAAUUAAUUCUCUGCUAGCCGAAAACACGCAGGAGAAUAAGCAGAUGGCGGAGACAGUUCAAUAUUUGGUUGAGGAGAGACGUCAACUGCAAAGGAAAUGUGAAGAGCUGGAAACACAAUUGGCUGGUGGUGCUUCUGGUUCCGGUGGUGCCAAUCUGCAAGAACUCGAAGAACGUUGUAAUCAUCUACUCGGCCGUUAUCUACGUGUCGAUUCUCACCGCAAAGCCUUAGUAUAUCAAAAACGUUAUCUGAAAAUCUCGCUACAAAAUUAUCAGGACAGUGAGGAAAAGGCGCUGGCAGCCUUAAAUGGUGGAGAGAUGAUACAGCAGCCGGCAAGGCCCAAAAAGAAAUUAUUUAAGACUGUCGCCAUGGCCAUUAUUGCCAUACAACGCAUGAAAUACAUUAGUCGCAUUUGGCGUACCGGAAAGCGUAUUGUCUCCAAAUCGGUGUUUACCAUAACACAACAAAAACGUGUCCAAGCGCCAACAAUAAGCAGUCCCAUCAUAACCUCCUCCUCCGCAAACGGCCAACAACAGCAGCAACAACAACAACAUCAACAGCAAUUAGUACAACACAAUAAUGGACAUCUAUCGCCACACAUCGGCAAUUAUAAUACACAGAAAAUAUUGGAUCGACCAUUGGCUCCAUUGAAGACACCAUCCCUACUGAAUGGUGGUGGUGGUAAUAAAACUCCACUUUCCGGAGCUUCAACAGCAUCUGUGGGAGCCGCAACAACAGCAUUUGAAUGGCCUAAA